AUGUUUAUGCUCCGCAACGUGAGCAAAUUCCUCUUUGGGGAUACUUCCAAGGAAGCUAUCAUCGAGAUUCCGCAGGGCCAGCUCUACCUGGUCCGUCCUCUCUCUCCAAAGGGUUACUCUGAAUUGAUCUUCAAAGACGCGGCCGCUACCAUCCGACGGACGGGUCAGGAGUUCCAAUACCAACUGGUGAUUCAGAGGGCGUACGAAGAAGGUGAAGAGGAGCUUGCAGAGGAGGAGGACGAACAGGGCACGACAGGCGCCCUCGACAAGGACGAAAAGGUCUUCCUUCUGGAUCAGGCCCUGCGCUUCCGCUCUGUGGUGCGCGAAGGUGGUGAGAAGGUCCUCGCGUGGAGGGAUUUGAGUGGUGACCCGGGCGAUCUCUACGAGUUCGUUUGCGAUUCAUCGGUCUCUUCGGACAAGGUUGCAACCUUUGAGCUUGCUGCUGUCCAGUGUCAGUACGAGAGGAAAUACCGAAGGAGCGCGCAGAAAGCGACCGAGCAGCAACUGAAGGAGUUCUAUUUCGAGGAGGAAAGCCCCAUCCCGUCAGCCAGUCCCGUUGGCUCCCCUGUCGCGCCGACAUCCGCAGAGUCUACAGCAGCCAUGGCAAAGGACGUGGAGUACGCCAAGGCUAAGGGCACAUUGAAGCCUUCUACAACGGAGGAGCCCACCGCAGCGCCCCCAUCAGCCUCUGCACCCGAGGCGAAAGAGAUUCUCGCAAAGGAGAAGGCAGAGUUGCACCUCUUCGACUUCCCCAGCGGUACAUUCAUUCUCCAAGAUCCCGAAGUGGUUGCAACCGUCUCAGAGAUAGGGACCUGGCAGUACUGGCUUCAAAUUAGUGGCAAGGAUAGAGAAUGGCUGGGACAACCUGUCGUCGCCGAUAUCAACCCCGUCUUCAACUUUGAGUAUCUCUCCUUCAUCUUCAAUCACUACACUGAAGAUGGUUCUGCCUACUCGUGGCUGCUGCGGUUCAGGGAUCAGCCAACAGAAGAGAGGUUCCAGGAAGGUCUGAUGCAGGCUCUGUGGGAGCAACUGAAUGAGAUGAAGUGGGUCAAGGUCAAGGAGGAUGAUAGGGACUACGUGUUGGAUGCCUUCCAAGACCUCACCAUGGAGGACUCGCCGCCUGAAGGAGGCGAGACUGCCGAAGAGGAACAAGAAGAGGAAGAGGAGGAGCAAGAAGAAGAAGACGAUGCUCAGCGCAGCGAACAUUAUGACACCGAUGAAGAGCAAGAUGAUGUCGUUACGCGCCCCGAUGAUGGAAAUGUCAACUCGCAGCUUGCUGUCGGAUAUAAGCACGAUAGAUCUUUCGUCGUCCGUGGUUCGAAGAUUGGUGUUUUCAAACAUACUCCCAACAACAACUUGGAGUUCUCGACAAACAUCUCGAAGGUGGAGACGCCAAAGGGCAAACUGUUCAGUCCCAAGAAGGUCAUGCUGCACAGUGAAGAUUCGAAUAUGAUUCUCCAAAACGAGGAGGAACCGAAUACCCUUUACCGGAUGGAUCUCGAAUACGGAAAGGUAGUUGAUGAGUGGAAAGUCCAUGAUGACAUUCCAGUGACAACGUUUGCUCCUGAGAAGAAAUUCUCGCAAAUGACCUCAGAACAGACGUUCCUCGGUGUGUCCAACAAUGCCCUCUACCGGAUUGAUCCGCGUCUCGCAGGGAACAAAUUGGUCGAAGCCAACCUGAAGCAAUACGCGAGCAAGAACGAUUUCUCUGCGCUGGCUACGACUGAGAAGGGCUACAUCGCUGUCGCUUCGAACAAAGGAGAUAUCCGUUUGUUCGAUCGACUUGGAGUCAAUGCCAAGACACACAUCCCAGCUCUUGGAGAACCCAUCAUCGGUCUCGAUGUUUCUGCGGAUGGUCGCUGGGUGCUGGCUACUUGCCGCACGUACCUGCUGCUCAUUGAUGCACUGCAGAAAGACGGCAAGAAUGAAGGCAAGCUCGGCUUCGAGCGGUCCUUUGCAAAAGACUCCAAGCCCCAGCCCCGUCGCCUGGGUCUGCAGCCUGCACAUGUCGCCCAGUUCCAGCACGAGACCAAGCAGCCACUGGCCUUCACACCGGCGCGCUUCAACACGGGUGUCGACUCGACUGAGACGUCUAUUAUCACUGCCACUGGUCCAUUCAUCGUGACCUGGAACUUGAAGAAGGUUCUUGCCGGGAAGAAGGAUCCUUACACGAUAAAGCGAUACAGCGAGAAAGUCAUGGCCGACAACUUCCGGUUCGGCUCCGAUAAGAAUGUCAUUGUCGCACUGCCGAACGAGGUCAACAUGGUGCAGAAGACGACCUUCAAGAAGCCGACUCGGGAGAGUAUCGCUGGGCCAGUGACUCCGGCAAGGAGGAGCGCUGCCAGCCGGUUGAGCCGGAAUGAAAUCGUGAACUCUCCGUAUUAA